CACCUCUAGUAUUGUUGGAUCUGACUAUUCGGAUGAUGAUGCGAUUGGUACUGACAUUUUCAUGGAAAUCAGCGAACAUCGUAGAGAAGAAGGAGCUUCAAGUCCAAGUGCUUGUAGUGACAACAGCAAAGUGGCUCUUCCUCCUAAUGUUUUUGUGUGGUUGCCUCAGACGUGUGACAUUGAGCUUCUAACGCGGUUUCGAGCUCCUUCACCAAAUGCUAAUUUUGAGAUAGUAUUACCAUCACCAUCGAUUGCUUCUUUGGAUCGCUCUUUUACAGCACCGAUGCUUGAAGAGGUGCUAGUUUGUGGUGCCUUUGUUAAGAGUUCUAAUCACAGCGGAGCCUUCGCAUUUAACCGUGGUCCACUGCGUUCUAGGGCGACUCCACUAAAGUGCAAUGCGUCAAUGAUUGCUAACAGCUCUGUAGACUGUUGCAUCGACAAUAAGCUGUGUAACGGAUGUUAUUGUGAAAUUGAAUUCAAACGGCAUGCUUUUCUACAAGACAUUCUUAACUGUACAGCUGCCAAAUGUGUAGAUGUCAACUUUUCUUGGGUUUUCGAUCUAGAAGCGGGUGGUGGUGCCACUCUGGUUCUCCCGUCCAAGUCACGUCGCAGGACUUCAUAUCACUGCAAAGUGUGCAUUCGGAAACGGAAGCGAAGGUCGCCUUUGAGCUCUGCGAAGAGAUGGAAGCGCAGUGAUAGUAUGAAAGAAUGCCUAAUGUUACUUGAAACCGGAUCAAUGCCAAGUCAAAUAAUUGACGUUACACCUUCCCUUGUGGACGACGCUGCUGUAAAAAUGGAGUUCGGCGAAUCACUGAACUUCACUGCUAUGGAUUACGGAUUUCAAAGUGAUGAGCUAGAUCAGACAGUGUUCGAGGACUCAGUUUCUCAAAGAAGCGAUCGUUCACAUUCUCCUGAUCGUUUAAUAAUCGUGGAAGAUUUAGACGCCGAACAAGAACAAAGAGUUCCAAAGGACAUUGUUACGGAAGUAUCAAGCUGUCAAAUGACAUCUGUCCGGUUAGCACCAGCUGAACUGAACUUUGAGAACAUGCGAACAUCCACUGAAGAAAUUAGGUCGAAUGCAGUUGCUGUAGCUCAACUGUCCAGUGAGAAAACGGGAUCAGAAUUGGCUGAUAUUCAUGACUUCCAGGUUUCUCACGUCGACUUCCAAUCGCAAAAACAAACCGCUUUCUUUCCACAGGAGAGUGUUGAAUUUGAAAUUUCCCGCAGAAUGGACUCUCCUGGAAGUGAUGCACAUUUUGAAUUGUCUGCAACAUCAAUAAGACAACCAUUUUUCGAUACUGUAAAGAAAGAAAAAUCACCAGUACUUGUCAGAGAGAAGCUGAGAAGGCUUGAUCGUAAUAAAACGAAAACGCUGGGUGGGGUAACAGUUACCACAGCUCUGGCGGCGAGCAAGUCAUCAAACAUUCCCACAGAUCUGGAAUCUUGCAAGUCAUCCAAGGUUGUCAUAACUUCGGAAUCCGGCAGUUUAACAAAGCAAGCUGAUAUUACAGAGAUUGUUCCCAAGAAGAAACAAGGUCGGUGGAGGCGGUUGCAUCGUCAGACCUCGGCUUCAAAAGUUGUGGCGAACGAAUCGCGAAGCUUGCUUGAAAUCCCAUACUCCUUUAUUCUAACGACUAAGGGCAGUUUACCAUGCGACACAACGAAUAAACAGCAGACUGUAGGCGACGCGCACGUAAAUGCUCAGAUAGUUGAGACAAUGAAUCAGUGUUCUCCAGGAGAUCGUGUCUGUGCGCAGAUUGAAAGCGUGGACAUUGUUGGAAGUCCAACUCAGGAUGCUAUAGCUACACCACUUCGUGAUAUUCAGUCGCAAAGUGGUUUGGCUGUCGCACGUAUGUUAAAUGAUGAGUCACUUACCAAGAAAGGGUUUGGAAAAGGUCUUCAAUCAGAACACAAAACACCAUUUGUUCCAUCCAAAGCUGUAAAUGUGAACGUUCUGCCGUCCAAAAGAAGCGUCAGAAAGCUUAAUCAAAUCUCACUUCCGAAGUCAAAUAACGACGUGAUACCGCCAUUUACUUUGGCAAAAGUGUCAGAGACAAAUGGAUGCUCAAAUCAAGGCGUGGACCUGCUUUUAAAUGAUACUCAAUCGCAAAGUGAUUUAGCAGAUGCAUCCAUUACAAAUGAUAAGACAGUACCCGGGACGAGGUUUAGAAGAGUUCUCGAACCAGAAAACGAAGCCGGACGUAUUUUAUCCGAAGGUUAUAAUUCGAAUGUUUUGCCGUCCAAGGGAAGCGUCAGAAAACAUAAGCAAGUCUCACUUCCGAACUCAAAUGCAGACGUUUUACCACCAAUCACUUUAGCAAAGGUGCCAGAGACAAAUGAAUGCUCAAGUGAACGCGUGGAGCUGCUUUCAAACGAUAUUCAAUCGCAAAGUGAUUUAGCGGAUGCGCCCAUUACAAAUGAAGAGACAGUUCCCAGGAAAAGAAUUCGAAGAGUUUUUGAACGAGAAAACAAAGCCGGAUGUAUGUCAUGUGACGGUAAAAUUCCGAAUGUUUUGCCGGCUAAUAACGGUGUCAGAAAGCGUAAGCAGCUCUUCGUUUUGAAGUUAGAUACCCCAUUAUUGACUUCAAUAGGAGUAUCGGAGACAUGUGAAUGCUCAAUUCAAAGCGGUGGAACCCCUCCAAAUGAUAUUCAGUCGCAAAGUGAUUUACCAGUUUCACUUGUUAUAAGUGAUGAGACAGUUACCAGGAGACGGUUUAGAAGGGGCGCUCAGUCAGAAAACAAAACCGCAUGUGUUCCAUCCAAAGCUGAAAAUCCGAUCGUUCUGCCUUCUAAGAGAGCUGUCAGGAAGCAUAAGCAGCUCUCCGUUUCGAAGUCAAAUGCGGACAUGACACCCUUUUCCACUUUAGCGGAGGUAUCAGAGACAAAUGAAUGCUUAAGUCAAACCGUGGAACCUCUUUCAAGUGGUAUUCAGUCGCAAAGUGAUUUAUUAGUAGCGUCCGCGAUAAAUGAUGAGACAGUGACCAGGAUAGGGUUUAGAAGUGGUGCCCAACCAGAAAACGAAACCGCAUGCAUUCCAUCCAAAGCUGAAAAUGCGAACGUUCUUCCGUCUAACAGAGCCGUCAGAGAACAUAACCAACUCUCCGUUUCAAAGACAAAUGCCGAAGUAACACCCCCUUUUACUGUAGAGGAGGGACCAGGAGCAUAUGAAUACUCAAGCGAUGACGUGCACUUGUUUGCAACUCUUGAAGAGGAUUCUGACCGGAGAAGUUUUCAAUCAAGGAAACGUCAUAUGGAGCUAGAAAAUCUGCCAAGGUUUUCUAAGCGGAAGAAAAAUGAUGCUGUAAUUGGAGAAACCCCUCGUAGUAUGCGAGAUACUAGGACUUCGAGAUGUGUGGAACGAUUGCCAAUAAUAAGGACUACUAGGAGUCAAGCGGCAACAUUGAACUCAGUGUCAACUCCUGUUAAACAUGUUUCUACUUCUAGGCGCCAAAAAAGUGCUGGACAGAAAUCGCUCGCAACUGGAGACGUCAACGAUGAUAUCGUUCUUAUUAAGAGGUUCGUGUUCUUGUAA